AUGGCGGGAACGGGGAAAGGACGGGCAAUUGGGAUCGAUUUGGGUACAACAUGUUCGUGUGUGGCGGCGUGGAAGGAUGACGGCAUUGAGAUUAUACCAAACGAUCAGGGCAACCGCACCACCCCUUCUUACGUAGCUUUCACUGACGCCGAGCGUCUCAUCGGCGACGCUGCUAAAAAUCAAAUUGGCAAUAAUCCCAUCAACACUAUUUUAGAUGCAAAGAGGUUGAUUGGUCGCAAAUUCAGUGACCCAACUGUUCAGAGUGAUAUGAUGUUUUGGCCCUUCAAGGUCAUUCCUGGUGCUGACGACAAGCCUAUGAUUGUGGUAACGUACAAAGAGGAGGAGAAACGGUUUUCAGCUGAGGAGAUUUCUUCAAUGGUACUUUCCAAGAUGAAGGCUGUUGCUGAGGCAUAUCUUGGAUCGCCUGUCACGGAUGCUGUCGUCACUGUGCCUGCUUAUUUCAACGACUCACAGCGUCAGGCCACCAAGGAUGCUGGAACCAUUGCCGGCCUUAAUGUUAUGAGGAUCAUCAAUGAGCCUACUGCUGCAGCCAUUGCAUACGGGCUCGAUAAUGGGGGUAGUAGCUCUGUGGCAAAGAAUGUUCUCAUUUUUGACCUUGGUGGUGGCACGUUUGAUGUGACUGUGGCUACGAUUAAGGGUGAUGCCAUUGAAGUGAAGGCUACAGCCGGUGAUACUCAUCUUGGAGGGCAGGACAUGGAUAACAAGCUGGUGAAGCACAUCAUAAAAGAGUUCAAGAACAAAACGGGUAAAGAUAUGAGUGGGAAUCUAAAAGCUGUAAGAAGACUGAGGACGGCUUGUGAAAGGGCAAAGAGGGUUCUUUCCUCUGAUUUGGAAGCUGACAUUGAGUCAUUUUUUGAGGGAAUUGAUCUUUUGUCUACUGUUACUCGUGCUAAAUUCGAAGACCUUAACAUGGAUUUAUUCAUCAAGUGCAUGGAUCUUGUUGAGAGUUGCCUGAAUGAUGCAAAGAUUGAGAAGAGAAGCGUGGAUGAUGUUGUGCUGGUGGGUGGAUCGAGUAGAAUUCCCAAGGUGCAGCAGAUGUUGCGGGAGUUGUUUGGUGCGAAAGAGGUAUGCAAGAGCAUAAAUCCAGACGAAGCUGUGGGAUGUGAUCAGGUCCAUAACUGA